GUCAUAAAAUGAUUUUUAUAUAUUUAGAAAAUAAAAAUAUUAGCUCUGUAUGCAACUAAUAAAAAUGUGCUAAUCAUAUAAAAUGUCACUAUGAAAUGAAGAGCAAAGCAUUAAAUUAUUCAAAGAACAUCAGUCGUGUGGCAGUAUUUGUGUUUCUUUUACAAUGGAAAAUGAUGAAUUGCCAAUUAAGACAACACCAAUUGAAGCUGAUUACAUUAUAUUUUGGAACAAAAAGUUAGGAUCUGGUAUUAGUGGACCAGUCAGAAUUUGUCAAAGUAGAACAACAAAUGAAAAAUUUGCAUUUAAAUGCUUGGUUGAUCGUCCAAAGGCCAGGAUAGAAGUUGACUUGCAUUGGAGGUGUCGAAAUCAUCCUCAUAUUGUUUCUUGUGUUGAGGUUUAUCAAAAUGAUCUAAACUUACCUGGAGAACUUCAUAAAAAAAAGUAUUUGAUAAUGGUUUUGGAACUUAUGGAAGGAGGGGAAUUAUUUGACCAGAUUCGUAAAAAGAUUAGCUUUACAGAGAUGGAAGCAAGUGAUAUCACUAAACAGGUAGCUUCUGCCAUUUUUCAUAUUCAUUCACAAAAUAUUGCUCAUAGAGACUUGAAGCCUGAGAAUUUGCUUAUUAAGGAUAAUAGUGAUAAUAUUGUAGUGAAGCUUACAGACUUUGGAUUUGCAAAAAUUGAUAAAGGAAAUCUUGUUACUCCCCAGUUUACUCCGUAUUAUGUGUCUCCUCAAGUUCUUGAAGCUCAAAGAUUUCAUCGAGCUCAAAAAAUGGGAAAUAUACCUAUUGAAAGUGAGCCCUACACAUAUGAUAAGAGUUGUGAUAUUUGGAGUCUUGGAGUGAUCAUAUACAUAAUGUUGUGUGGGUAUCCUCCAUUUUAUUCUGAAAAUCCACGCAAGCAGUUAUCACAAGGUAUGAAACGAAGAAUAAUGGAAGGAGAAUAUGACUUUCCUGCACCAGAAUGGUCGAAAAUAUCUGACUUAGCCAAAGAUGUUAUCAAAAGAAUGUUAGUGAUAGACUCAAAAAAUAGAAUGACUAUUCAUGAAUUAAUCAAACAUCCAUGGCUAAAUGCAGGAAUAACUCUUGCAACUGUUUUGAAAUCUCCACAAAAACUUAUGUUAGAAGACAGUUUUGAAAAGGUUGUGAUUGCACAUUCAGCUAUGCUUGCUGAUUUAAGAGUUCCUGAUGAUGACUUGAUACUGAAUCCAAAUGCUAUUGAAAAGAAUCCAAUUAUCCUUAAACGAAGAAAGGCUCAAGAGCUUUGUUUGAUUUCAUCUGAUGACCAGAAAAGUCUUGUACCUAUUGAAACUUCUGGAAUAAAAGCAUUGAGAGAUAUGGUGGCUUUUUUGUACAUGCCACCAUUGGAUAAGAUAGAAAGUCCAACAUUUGAAGAUUUUCUGGCUGUGUUGACACAUGAAGUUCUAAAGCAUAAUGUCCGUUCAAAGAAAUUAGAAGAUGUUUUAACUUCUGAAGGUUGGAAUGGUACCGCGUAUAUACGUCAAGUUAAUAAAACAAUAUUGGCAAAAAAUUUGAGUGACAUAUUGAUAAGUUUUAAACCACAUUAAAAACCACAACAAAAUCUCAUUGAGAUUGAAACCAUUGUAUUCAACAUUGAUACCAUUGUAUUCGAGAUUGAAGCCAUUGCAUUCAACAUUGAUAAUUAAACUUAUGAUAAUCAAAUUUUGUCCACGCUUUUAAAUGGAAAUUUUAUGUUUAUCUGUUCUCCAUACCAUGAUCAAAAUCUAAAAAGCGAUUUUAAAGUUUUGUUAUCAAGCAAAAGAGUUUCGAACAUCAAAAGAAUAUUUUAAGAACACUUAUUAAAUGUUAUUCAAGUAAAUUAUUUAAUGUAGAUUGAUAUCAUAUGAAACUUUUUAAAUUGAUACAUGAGUACACGUUUAUGAGAAGAUUGUUAAAAACAUCCAGAAUAUAUGUAAAUAUGGAAAAUAUAUUUAAAAUACAUUUAACAUUUUGCUUA